AGCAGCUCUAACCCAUUCAUCGACUAUCUCCUUCUCAACAUCCAAGCAGUGUAUAGCUCGAAGAUGUCUCCGAAGAUCAUAAGCUCGGCUAAAGACAUAUUCGCACUUUGCAUUGCCAGCAGGGAGAGCUUGGUGAAUGCUCCCCAGAAAUGGUUGCAAGUCUGGAUGAGGGCAUUGCAAGGCUCUCGUAGAUUGCAUCCUCUCUUUAGCACGGACGCCUUACCGGGUCCACCAGGACGGCAGCGACCUCAGUGGGAUGCAACUUGGCUAGAUGGCGCUGUAAAAGAUGCUUGUAACCAAAUGCGCGGCUACAACUCUCAUGUGGACACACGAAAUCUCUGCGUCCUAAAUGCGAGAUGUUGUUGUACGCACAGAUUUGAAAUCUUUGCCACAUCCUGGAACAUCGCAGAGCCAGUCGCGUCCAACUUCCCCGCCUCUUCUACGUUUUCUGGGCCGUUCAUUGUCAGUCUCAGCGUCGCUCUGGGGUUCAGCGGCACAAAGUUCUGUCUCUACGUUUUGCUGUUCGUGUAUUCUGAGGUGGGCACGUAACCCUUUCUGCGCGGUGAAAACCUUUCCAUUACAUUCUGGAUGCGGACAUGUUGGCGGAUGGGCGGUUCGCAUGUGGUGUUGAAGAGCCGUCCAAGUUGCGAAGAAGGGCUGCGAGGCAAGACAAGAAUCUUGAAUGCAAGUAUAGCGUUUCUCUGAGCAUGCAGUAAAAUAUGGGCACGAAGCUUCUGGCUGGUAGAAAAAGACUUUGCACAGCCAGAGUGUUCACAGCGGUAUGGCUUCGUACCGGGCGGCGCAUGGACUGAACACAUGUGGUCACGCAGCUGGUGGUGUUUCGCGAAUGCUAGUCCGCAUCCUGGCUCAUUACACUGCGCAAAUUAUGAGCAUAUUGUUCCG